AUGAUUGUACAAGAUACUGCUACGUCUACUUGCUGCGUAGUAAAGAUGAAGUUUUGGAAAAAUUCAAGGAGUACAAAACUGAAGUUGAAAACCAACUGGGAAAAACCAUUAAAAUGGUUAGAAGUGAUAGAGGAGGUGAGUAUGAUGGACCCUUCAAUGCUUUCUGUCAGGAGAAAGGCAUCAUACAUCAGACCACUGCUCCCUAUUCACCAGAAUCUAACGGAGUUCAGAAAGAAAGAAUCGAACUCUGAAAGAGAUGAUGAAUGCAAUGUUGCAGGAAUCUGGGCUACCGCAGAAUCUGUGGGGAAGCGCUGCCAACCUUGGUCUUUUGUUCACAAAGACACUCAUCAAUGUAAGGCAUCUAGCUCAAGACUUGGAAAGCAACAAGAAGCUUUGUGUGCGAUUUGA